AAGAAAAGAAAAGAAAGCAACGAUAAAGCAAAACAGGGGCGCCCCUCAAUCCCUCCGAUCCAGCGAUAUUGAAACCAGGGUUUUUCGUUAAUCUCCAGCUCCCGUACUCUUUCACUUCCGUCUUCUUCCACUUUUGAAUUACUAUCUCUGUACCUUUACGAGUUGCGUAUAGAUCCAAGUAACCUACAGAACGAGAUUUUGAAUCUUUACGAAAGACUUUCCAGUUUUUUCUUCAACUUCGACUACAGAGAGAGAUGGGUUCUGAAGAGAGCUGGGAUCGAGUGAAGGAGGAGACCGGAUGCCGAGCUCCUGAAACUCACCGGCCCUGCACUAACGGAUGUGGCUUCUUUGGGACACCAGCGACUCUGAAUCUGUGUUCUAAGUGCUACAGGGAUUUCUGCAUCAAAGAGCAACAAGACGCUUCCGCCAAAGCUGCCGUUGGGAGAUCUCUUAGCCCAACAAAAUCGACAUCGCCAUCACAACCGCAACAGCAGCAACAACAACAACAACAAUUAUCCGUACCUUCCUUAUGUGUCGAUUCUUCUUCUUUGGCUCCACCGACAUCAUCGUCUGAAUGUUCUUCUGCUGUUAAUUAUUCAACGACCACCACCGGUGUUGGUGGUGAUGAAACAGGCGUGAAGAAGAGGUGCGUGAGCUGUAAAAAGAGGGUCCGUGUGUUGGGGUUCAAGUGCAGGUGUGGCAGUAUUUUCUGCUCGCAGCAUCGAUACCCAGAGAUGCAUGCGUGCACGUUCGAUUUCAAGGCUAUAGGUCGGGACGCCAUUGCCAAAGCCAAUCCCGUUGUCAGGGCUGAUAAGUUACAGAGGUUCUGAAACUGUUUCUCAUGAUUCAUCUGUUCGUGAGGUGUUCUCCUUUUUAGGUCCUCUUGUGUGUUUUUUUUUUUUUUUUGAGUUCUCCUUAUGUUUGUACUUCGAGGGGAAAAGAGGAAUUGGGAUGGGAAAUUGAUGAUAGGAAUCCAGCCAGUAUGAAUGUUUGGUAUUGGUAGAGUGCAUUCCAUAUAAUAGAGUAGAAUGUGGAGUUAUUUGCACCAA